AGAUGUGCAAACCCAGAAGACGCAAGGCGCUAUUGUAGGUCAAGUGAAGCCAGCAGGUCCUCUGCACGAAUCAGAUGUUGAUCGACAACAUGUAUCGAACAAUGGAAAACCUCAAAAACUUCCCGUUUGCAAAAUGGCCACUGUGCUGAUAGAGCCAACAGCUAUGGGGAGCUUUGGCGUGGGAGCGCGGCGGCCGACUGCGGCUGCCGGCAGCAACAUCAUAGGGAGUGUUUCGCAACGUGGGUGUGCGCGAAUUCGUCAUCAGCCUGAUCAGAAAAGCGGGAGCUGUAUCUUUGUUUGCGCAGUCGCCUCUUCUUCGUCCCUGCGGCGACAGGCACAGCGACUUUUUUUGCGCAACGCGUCCGCAAGCGGAAGAGGAAGAGCCGACGUGCCCCCUGCCGCUCCCUCUCACGUCCUGCUGUCCCCGCAAAAAAAUGCAGGAGUUGGUCUUCACCAGACGCAAGCGCUGAGGAUGGAGGAGCAGCGAGUGCAUGGUGACGUCGACACAGCCGACGUUCUGCGGAAGAAUGAGCUAGUGCAAGCACCGCUGACGUGGCAACACGGGGGUAUGGACUCAAACCAGCAAGGGACUGUGGACGUGCAAAACUCCUCUCCAGCAGUUGUCACUCUGUAUGCCAAUCCGAUUUGUCGGCAGAUGGACGCGCUGCUUCUAAGGGCCGCAACGCUAGACGACAUUCUCUCUCUCCUCGUUUCCCAUCGCGGCGUGCUGUUUGUGCACAAUCUUGUAACGGCGUUAACGCAGCUGUCGAAUCUCGGAAAGAUGACUGGCGCGGAGAGAGUGCGAUCUGAGUAUGACGUGGAUUUCUUGAGCAACGCACAAGUUACCAAAACGCUACACGACAGGAAAAUCAACGAGUACUCGCCCGAGAUCCACAGCCGACUUCUGCGCGACGACCGGUUUGAACUUUUGUUGCGUGACCUCAGGGACCACGUCCCAAAGAUGCACGCGAGCGCGAUCCUCGCAAUCCAAACAGCGCUGCGCUCGCUCGACCACCGACCGCUGCCAUUAUGGAGCCGGAUGCUUGGGGUGCUGGGGCGCGGGAGUGUGGCAAGUCCGAGUCUUAGUUUUUCUUCUUGGGAGCAAGCUGGGAAGCAGGUCGCAAAAAUCGAACUUGAUACAGCUCCCAUGGUAUCUUUUCCUGAUCACACUACUAUAGCUGAUGAUAAUCCUUCCUUUCCGCACAACGAUACCCCGACGGCGAUCGCAUUGCUGCAAAACUUUCAGUGGUGCGGAUAUUACGGAAGCAACCGGUUCUACCAGAACUGUGUCGCUCUUUUCCAACGGGAGCUCGUGACGUGCUCCAUGGAAAACCUAACGAGAAUAGCCGAAUUCUACGCGAAUCUGGAUGCCUAUGAGGCGGUCAUCUUUCGCUUGGUCAAUAGCAGAAUAACUCAAAUACUAGGCGAGGCUGAUGAAGAUGAUGGGAAGACCGAGCUACCAUCACGUUUCCAUGCGCAUUCUGAGUUUGAAAGCGAAAUCUCCAUCGAGCAGGCCUCACGGCUGCUGGUCGCUUGCACGAAGCACGCACAGCCGCGGCACGUGGAACGAGGCUGCUGGCUCCUGGGCGAGAAGGUGUUGCUGCCUUUUUUGGAGAGCCAGCCCCUAGGCAGAAUGAUCGUGCACCAGGGCAAACAGGAUUAUUCGCUGCUUUCUCAGUACUGCAAGGGCGUCCGCGCGCUGCGACAAAUUGGGAUCUGCAUGCCGCGGCUAUCCUCCGGUGUCCUACGUGUCGCCGGUUUUGCGUGUCGAGUGGAAAAUCGAAGGAGGACACGUUCGAUUCGGCCAGAUAUGGCCUGCGGCUUGCUGGAAACUGUGGGCUAUUUCGGUGCUUGGACCACAUCCGAAGCGGUCCAAGGCGGAAGUGCUCACAAUGUUGCUGCGCCUGGUAAGAACGUUGACAACUCUAGAGGAACUUCUGUAUUUGACAUACAGUCGACCGCUUGCAAAGCGGCCCUAGACAGUCACAUAGCGCCCUUGCUUCUCUACGUCGAGCGACACGUUGACCUGGUCACGGAGCAAGGUGCGAUCGACGCGACAUUUUUUCUCGCAUCCGCCGGGGGAGAAAAAAUCCAGCGAUACAAGUACCUCUUACGCCUUCUGUUCCAGAAAAUUGGACAAGGUACCAUAUGGGAAAGGCAGAAGCGGAAGGUGUUUACGCUUUUUCUCGCGCAGUGCCUGCAGUUCCCGCACUUGGAUGCGCAGCUGCCGUCGCGCUGUUUGAACGAAGGGCUGCGCGCCUGGAGCCUUCACCGUACGGACAACAGCGAGUUGGCACAGGAGCUGUGCGGCCUGCUGGUCCAACAAGCGAAACAAAGACAGGCAGAUGAGGCGGUUAGUAAAAAUGGCAAGUCCCUGCCAGCUGGUGGUUUCAAUCCAGACCGCUCUGUAAUACUUCCAGAAGCAAACAGUGCCGAAGAGGCGAGCAAGAACGGAGGCGAUGUGAGCAUGAGCCACGGCGAGGAAAUAAAAACUCUUCCUGACCUAGACUUUUUCCUCGGCGCGCCUUCGGAAGUUGUCCUGCAGUAUUACUUCGAAGACACUCCCUACACCGUCGACCUGUAUUUUCCCCGUUUGCGCACCGGCGUGGUUUUCACAAACGAGAUGUCCAGGUCCUUAAGCUCGUCGAUACAUGAAAAAGCGCAAACUACCUUCCCCGCGGGCGGACACCGGCUCCAGGCCGUGCAUCUACGGGAGCGAGGGUAUAACUUGCUGACUCUUCCAACAAGCGAUUGGCGUAACAUGAGUGCGGCUGAGAAAGAACUGACUGCGGCACAGUUGUGGGAGAAAAUCCGAAAUCAGAAAUUUGCCUCAGUCACUCCUACAAGUCCUUGCAACUAGAAGCUGAAGUACAAGUUCGAUUUCCACCCUAGAAACGCUUGCUCUUCCCCUCCCUCAUCGCAAAAAAUGCACAGCGUGACGAGCUCGUUUUGUUGCUUUUCGUGCAUGUAUGAUUCAGCUGCUCAUUCAUAGAGAAGAACGAAAAAUCUCAAUUGAU